CACGUGCAAAUCAUACGCCCCUUCCGCCCCGGCAUUUUCUCUCUCUUUUCCAGCGUCCGUAUUCCCAAACCAAGCGAAACCUAGGGUUUCUUGAAUGCGAACUCGAGCGGCCACAAUCAAUCGGCAGAGCCAGCAGCAGCGAAGGCAGGGAGCAAGGUUUCGGCGCGAGAAAACGGAAGAUAGAGAUGGGCACGGAAGGGGCCACUCCGGAAAGAAGAACAACCAGGUCCUCCUCCUCCCUCUCCAAACCCUCACUCGAUGCCCCAAAACCCCCUCUCUCUACUCGCCCAUCCCUACCCAAUGAUCUCCUAUUCUCCGACGAACCCCUCUCCAUCGACACCCUCCUCUCGAAUUUUCCCGGCAGAGGGGCACAAGUCCUCGAAAUCUUGCGCCUGAUCGGGCCCCCGAAUUCCCCCAUGCUCCCUCUCCUCUUACAUGGCGGCGUUUCCACCGGCAAGACCAGCGUCAUCCUCCAAAUACUCCACCAUAUAAACCGCCCCUUUGUCUACACCAGCUGCUGCUCCUGCCAUUCCCCCCGAAUCCUCUUCGAGUCCGUUCUCAACCAGUUGUUCCUCCAUAGAAAGAAUCCCAGCAAUGGAUAUUUGAGCGCUCGGCGCUGUGAGAGGGCCUCCGACUUCAUCAACCUGCUUCGAGAUGCGCUAUCUCAGGUGACAGGAUCUCCUAGAGGUAAAAAGAGUAAGUUGGAUGGCAACGGGGAGAUGAUUUAUUUGAUUUUCGAUAAUGUGGAGCUUAUUCGGUCGUGGAACAAGAGCUCGGAUAUUCUUGCUUUGCUGUUUAGACUGUUUGAUAUAUUGAAUAUUCCUGAAGUGGGUUUGAUUUAUAUCAGUAAUGCAGCACCUGAUGCUUAUUACUCUAUGGCGGGUUCUGUUGAGCCUGUAGGUGUGUACUUUCCUGAUUAUACUGUGGAUGAUCUUUUUAAUAUUUUUAUGUUGAGAAGCCCAGCCAAUCGGAAACUCUAUUCCUCUUUUCUCAGUGUCGUUUUGAAGCCCUUCUUUAGAGUUACGAGACGGAUUGAUGAGUUAGCGACUGCAUUUGAUCCUCUAUUUCAGAAAUAUUGUGAGCCUUUAGCUGAUUUGAAUCUGGUUCCUGAUGAGAGCAUGAAGAGAAGGUUGUUUGUUCGUCUUCAGCCACACCUGUCAGCUUCAUUAAAUGAGACAUUCAGAGUUCCUUCUGAGUGUUCUUUUGAAGCUAAUAAGGAGGGAACUUGUAGUAAGAAGGGGAAUAUAAGGAAAUUAAGUGGAAGGGAGACUUCUAAUGAAUUGGAUUUUCAUAUGUCUGUAUCUGCAAAAUAUCUUCUGAUCUCUGCAUUUCUUGCUUCAAGAAACCCUGCUACUCUUGAUGCAGCCUUGUUCGACUCAACUGGAGGCUCUAAUAAUCGUAAGCAAAAGAAGAAGAGCUCUCAGGCAAUUAUGGAUCAGAAAGAUGAAAUGGCUGAAGAAAUGCUUUUGAAGGGACCUGGGAGCUUCCCCUUGGAAAGGUUGUUAGCUAUAUUUCAAUGCAUCACAUCAGUUGGUGAAGGUACACUGGAGGAAGAACAACUUGAAGAUGGGAUGGUGAUUGAAAGUGGGAAUGUUGGGCUGAUGUCUGAUGUUCUAUUGCAGCUAUCUACUCUCUGCAAUGCUAAUUUUAUAUGCAAAAGUGGAAGCUGCCCCUUGGAAGGCUCGACUAGAUACCGUUCUACUGUUGAUGAGGAUAUGGCUUUGAAGGUUGCAAGGAGCAUAAACUUUCCCCUGUCAAAAUAUAUGUAUAGAAGGUAGUCUUGAAUACUAGUGGUUCUUAGCAACAAGUGGCAACUUUGAGUGUUGUAUUAUAUCCUGGAGAGUAUAUCGGAUAACCUGAUUAGGUAGAACUUGCAUAGAUAACCAUGUCAACAGAGCUCUAGAUAUGCUGACUUCCAGUCUGUUUGAGAUGGACAAUGCUCACAAGGCAGGCUGAGAUAGCAAUGGGGAAAGUCUGAACCUGAAACAGCUGGGGGAAUAUGAUAUUUAAUCCUGAUAUAGGUCUAAGGCCCAAAAGAUACUCUAUGACUAAACUUAUAACAGUUGCAUAUUGCUGAUUAUGGCUGCUGCUGCCAUCAUAGUGGAUGAAAGGAAUAAAGAGAUCUUUAUUUUGUCGUGGUGGUGGUGGUGGUGGUGGUGGUGGUGUAUUUUAUCUUUGCAGAUGUUUGUAGUUGCUCAGAUAAUUCAAAAUAGCAAUAGAAACCUAAGGUGGAGAUUUCACUGGCCCACAUUUAUUUUUUAAAUAAUAUAGGCGUGCAGUUAUUUUCUUAAUCAAAGCUCGAUCGGAUGUUUCUUUUUUUAUUUUUUUAUUUUUUCUCAAUUAACAUCAUCACUUCUCUGAGUCUAUUGCUUUACUGGCUUAUAUACUUCAGCUUUAGUGAGCUUUCAGUUUACUUAUAGAAUUAAUCUUCAUUGUUCCUCAUGCAAUAAGAUGUUACAUAAUGUUGGGUCAAGUUGGGUUCAUGUGAUUGUGUGGGUGGAUAUACAUUUUUUCCUUUUUUGAAAUAUAACACUGGCAUGUGUACUUACAUGCAUGAGUGUGUUGUUUAUGUAUGUUUAAAUGAAAACUUGAUAUGAUUUUUGUUAGAAUUCCAUUUAUUGUAGAAUUCCAGUCCAUAUUGUGUAUCCAAUCUUUAUAUUCUUCUUUUUCUUCUUAUUCUUAUUCUGCCUUGGCACUAGACAGGUGCAUAGGCAGGUUCGGGAUGUCUUUGUUGCAGCUCUAAUUACCUAGGAUGUCAGCAGAGCACCUACAAUGUUGGAGUGCCAAUAUGUCUUAGCAAGCACAUAAAUUAUCUAGCAUGUUCUCUGUUUUAUAUUGAAAUUUAUUUCGAAUUGUCAAUGAAGUUGCUAGCAUUAGUUUUUAAAAGGAAAGUUGCCCAGUAUGCUACAGUAGACUCUAAUACACAUCAAGUGAGUUGGCAUAGAAAGGAUCUAUUUUCUUCAGCUAGGAUCUGGGAAGAUUUUAUGGCUUCUAUCUUUAGUAUGUUUUCUGCCAAUGGAGUUUUUAUUUGAACUGCAUACUUUGUAAUGCAAGAUUCUAAUAAAUUACUCUUCUUUUAA